GCGGUCAAGGUGGACAGUGUGGUCACCAUGGACCUAGAGACAUCCUCGGCGGCUCAGGGGUCCCUCUCGUUGCCGGAGCUCAGCGAUUCCCCGCAGGGGUCCCUCUUGUUGCCGGAGCUCAGCGAUUCCCCGCAGGACACGUGGAGCUCUUGGAUUUGGAACCUGGUGUCCCUGACGCAGAAGGAGCAGGCGCCGGAGAAGGAAGCAGAGGAGUGCCGGGGAAGGGCAGGGCGAAGAGCCGGCUGCCGCAGAGGA